CUCCCUCUUUGCCCUCUCUCCCUAACCUUCAGAACCACCGAGUGAAUCAAGUUGACCAACCACUGUCUUUGCUCCACCUCCUAGGUAUGAGCUUGACGUAGCGUUUGGUGAAAGACAAGUCUGCAGGAGCCUAUUUGCCAAAUCUUGGAGAGUUUCACAGCGUUGCCGUGCACAUAUUUUCCUGAAGAUCCACGAGUGAUAGGCCGCAGUCUGUCAGGACGGGGGCAUCCAUCCGGUCGAGGCUCGCCUGCAGGUGCUGCAUGUCUCUGUCCAUUAUCAGCCCCCUUUGUAUAUAGACUGUGGGAUUCCCUGAAUACGUGUCGUGUCAAUCUGCCGAUUAAAUUGUCCUGACGGCCCAUAAGCCUUUCCACUUGCUGCACCCUUCAACUCUUGUCCAGACCACGCCACCAUGGACGCACCACACAUGGGGCCAAGUCCCAUGCCCAAGCAGUUCGUCCUCUGCUUUGACGGUACCGGUAAUAAAUUUUGCGGCGACGAGUCUGACAGCAACGUUCUCAAGAUCUUUCGCAUGCUUGAUCGCAGUAAAAGCCAUCAGUUCCACUAUUACCAGCCGGGCAUUGGGACCUACGUGACGUCGAAGUCCCUUUCUAGCCAUGGUCGGUUCCAGCGCAUCAAGUCUGCUUACCUAAAAGCCAAGGACUCUGCCGUCGGUUCCUCCUUUGAUGAGCAUGUUAUGGGAGGAUACAAGUUCCUCAUGAGGUACUACACUCCUGGCGAUGAGAUUUAUUUCAUCGGAUUCAGUCGGGGCGCUUAUAUUGCCCGUUUCCUGGCGGAGAUGCUCGACUACAUCGGCCUCCUCGAAGCAGGUAAUGAGGAGCUGACCCGGUUUGCGUGGAAGACCUUCGCGAAAUGGCAGCAGCGACGGAGCGGAGGCACCGACGAAGAAAAAGAGGAGAAACGGAAACUGUUCCGUUAUAUGAAAGCCUUCCGUGAGACUUUCAGCCGGCCGAUUACCCGAAUCAAGUUCAUGGGCUUGUUCGAUACAGUCAACAGUGUGCCCCGUUUUGAGUCCGCUUGGAUGCAAAGAAGUAAAUUCCCAUAUACGGCCCGUAGCUCGGCCAAAGUCAUUCGACAUGCCGUGGGAAUCGACGAACGGCGUGCCAAGUUUCGACAGGAUUUAAUCUCGGAGAGCAGACCUUGGCAGCAGAAGAAGAGACGCCACCAUAAUUGGGGAAGACAUCACCUGCAUAACAUUCGCCGCCAUCAUGAUAGAUCCGAGAACGUGCCUGCCAUUGUCGUCAAUGACGACAACAAGGACGGGAAAGAAGCCACCGACGAGGGAUCCACCCAACAGGGACAUGAGGACACCGCAUCGGUCUAUCGCAGCAUAGCAGGCUCGCACGACGAUGAUGACGAGCAAAUCCAUCGUUACCGCGCCCCUUCCCCUGCUCCUAACCAAAGAAGACUUCUCAGUCUCGCGGUUCCCAUGGUGACUGGGUCUACAGAGGACUUGACGUCUGUCCGGAGUGGACACUCUGGUCUUUCACUUCAAGUUCCAGGUGCUAAUCCAGGGUACUUCGACGAGGAGGACGAAAGCGCCCAAGACAUCCAAGAAGUAUGGUUUCCUGGAGGCCAUGCGGACAUUGGUGGCGGAUGGAAACUAGGAGCCGAGGAAGAUUGGCCGCUCAGCCACGCACCUCUAGUCUGGAUGGUCCAAGAGGCACAGCAGGCGGGCCUUCAGUUUGAUCCUCGGAAACUGAAACAGUUUGAAUGCUGUGAAGAAUACGAGGGACAGUAUUCUCCCAUCCACGAGAACAUCCGCUGGAACCGCAGCAAUGGCUGGGGCCACGAUCAAGACUAUGCUCACGGGGCCAAUGGCGAGUCCGAGCACCCUAUGUUCAGAAUGGCAGUCAAUGACGGCGCAAAGUCGCGAUCCAAGUCGAGCUGCAACUUCCUUGCCGCUCUUCACAGUUCCAGCCGAGAAGGAUUGCUGCACGACUGUCUUUCUUUCAACAAGGGGCUCCCAGCAAUGUCCGUCCUGACAUGGCGCAUCAUGGAGUAUCUGCCGUUCCGACGCAUGGAUCUGCAGGAUGACGGAUCGUGGAAGCCAAUCCGGUGGCCGCUUCCUUGUGGUGAGGUUCGUGAUAUUCCGAACGACGCACAGAUCCAUGUGUCUGCGAUACGUCGAAUGACUGCAGACCCGGACUAUCGUCCGGGAAAUCUCAUCAUCGGUGGAGGUGGAAGAGGCGUCAAGCGAGCCCCCGAAGAAUAUGGAAUUGGAGAGUGGGUGAUCAAAGAUUUUGAGGGGGAUCCAGUUCGAGAGGUGUACAUGCGAAAGAAGGCGUCGAAGAUGUGUCAAGAUGAAGGACACCGAGAUCAGGCGCCCAGCAUGUGCAAAGACGAUGAACAUGAGUAGACCCGGGAGUUCUGCGAUGGUAUGAGUGAAGUCGCUCGUCCUUAUGUUUACCAUCUCUUUCUUGCUUUUUCUUCACCUUUUCUUUCUCUUCUCUUUCUCUUUCUCUCUCUUUCAUUUGAUCCUGUCAUUUUCUUUAUAUCCUCGGUCCACUCAUUCCCCCUUUCGCCCAUGUUGAGGGGACCAUUUAAUACUGUGUGCGCUUCCACUACUCGAAGCUCGAACCUGUUAAACUAUACAAUUAACCAAUGUAAUGUAUUUCGAUAGCGGUCUGUCUGUCUGUUGAUCUAUCAUCGAAUUUGUGGUCAUCGAAUCGAUCAAUACUCUUGAAUUCUGGAUGGAGCAGCGACGUGAAUCAUCGUAGGCGAUCGGUAAGGAAUAGUGGCUCUCCGUACGGACUUUCCAGCCGACAAUGCGACGAUGAUCAGGACUCGGCCAGUCGGGA